AUGACCGAGGAGAAGGACUUCCGUGGCAACAUGCAUUCACAAUCCCCUGCUCCCCUGCCACAGCUCAGCUGCGAGGGCUGCCGCGCACGCAAAAUCAAGUGCGACAAGCAGCAGCCGUCAUGCUCUGCGUGUGUGGCAGCCAACGUUCCUUGUGUGCCCGUCCACCGUCUGCGGCUGCCACGAGGACGGCAUGUCACGAACAAUGCGGCCGUGGCUAAGGUAACGACGGCUCCUGAAGACACCCGCGAUGAUCUCAGAAGACGCAUUAGGCGACUGGAGGCGCUCGUCAGUCGAACGAGUCCGGCAUCGACCUCGACAUCGAUAUCGCCAUCUUCGACAAUGACGGGAUCAAUGUCCAGUCCGACUCGAGCAGACGCUGGACCAUCGGCUCCCUGGGUAAUGCACCACCCUGAGCAUUUCUGGGAAGAGCUCACCGCGGCUGUGCAGGAGCUGCGGGAUGUCGUGGAGUCGAGCCCCGAAGAAGCGGAGGACGACACGGCUCAAACACACGCCGAAGUGUCGAGUCAGUCAGUCCGACCUCGAGACCUAUCUGUCCUCGGUCUGGCAACUCUACCCAGUCACGUCUCGUGCCCCAGCCAUAUCCUUCUGGACCGUCCCUUGGUCGCCCAGCUAUGCACCGUCUAUCUCGACCAAGUCGACCCGAUCCUCAAGAUUCUGCAUCGCCCGACGAUAGCGCAGCACUUGGUGGAUGAUGCAUCCUACCUUAGCUACCCAGAUGGCCACACAUCCGUUGCCGCUCUAGACUUGGCGGUCUUGUAUGUGGCUGUCAAUAGCAUGGACGAUGAACAGUGCCGGACAUUUCUGGGGAGAGACCGGUCAGGGCUGCUGCUCGCCACGCGUCAAGCCUGCGAGGCGGCUCUGGAACGUGCUGGCCUCUUGACGACGCGCGACAUGACCGUCCUCCAGGCAUUUGUGCUGUACUUGGCCGGACGGCAGGUGGAGGAGCCCAGCCGGGCCGUGUGGACGCUGCUGGCCGUGGCCGUCCGCGUCGCCCGUGCUCUGGGCGUGGAUGCGCCGCAGGCGAAGGCGACGCAGUCCGUCUUCGUCCGCCAGAUGCGCCAGCACCUGUGGAUGACAAUCUGCCUGAUGGAUGUCCAGGUGGCCUUCAGCAUGACCUCACAGCCCCUGGUGGCUGCCGACGACGCUCAGGCGACGGCCGAACGCAUGCCGCGGCACGUCAACGACGCCGAUUUCGGCCCGGGGACAAGCGACGUCGACGUGCCGGCCGAGCGUACCGGACUGACGGACACAACAUAUGCGCUGCUCAAGUACCGUACGCAAGCGCUUGGUCGUAGGUCGCGAUUCGUGCCGCUGGCAGACACCGAAGCGAUGCAGGCCAACGACGACAGGAAACGCCGCGACGACGCCCAAUCUCUCUGCGACGCCUUCACCCAGGAGGUAAUGGCACUCGCCUGCGGUCUUGACCCCAACGACUCGCCGCUUGCAUGGCUCGUCUUUCACAGCACACAGUGUUUUGCCGGCGGCGCCCAAGCGGCUCUGUACAAGAGUCUGCCCGACGGCUCCAAGACAGGCCGGCCGGGUUUGCUGCGGGCCUGCGCCCAGGUCCUGGAAACGACCGUGCUGAUGCACACCGACUCGCGCGGCAAGGGCUUCCGCUGGUCCAUGACGGUGCGGUGGCAUAUCCUGGCCAUGGCGCUGGCCGAAUGCUACGUCUGCGCGCGGGCGGCCAGCCCGGAUGCGUCGCUCCUGACAAACGUGUGGCCGACCAUGGAAGCGGCAUACGCCCAUCAUGCGUCUAUUAUUGGACGGCAUCGCGGCGGCAGGCUGACGGGGCCACUGGGCAAGCUGAUGGCACGAACGCGACAGACGGUGGAGGCCGUGAUUGGCCCGGCGUGUGGCCGUACUGACGAAGCACAGGCAUGCAUAAGGACACACUACGCGGAGCCAUCUGACACUGCUUCGUCAGGACUGCCAAGCAUGGACACAGAGGACACGCCGUCCGUUGAUUCCUGGAGCGCAUCUUGGGACGCAUGUUGGGACGAAUUCGUGUCGGCCGCGGCACUCGACGACGACUCCAUCGAAGCGGCUUGUUUCGACCCACUGUUUCAAGGGCAACGAUCUACUGUCUGGUAG